UCCCGAUCACCAUCCAUUCCCGCCUCUGCAAUUCUUCUGGAGGCUUCACGGUUCGUCUAAUCUCUCUCUCUCUCUCUCUGCUUCGAGCUCUCUUUAUUUUGAACUUGACGUUAACAUUCAAAGAGCAUUCAAUGACCAGACUCAUCUCUUGUUGCUGUUGAUCACCAGAAUGAGUCUCCAAUUACAAUCUCCAUUAACGCAGCCUCAUCGAACCCUCGCAAUUCUCCACAUAAGACCAUUUCAACUUCGCGAGUAUCGAGUAUGGAGAAGACCUCGAAGAUUCAAACCCAAUCCAAUCUUCCUAGUUCGCACUCAGUUAGGUCCUUCUCCUUCUCCAUCUCCUUUCGACAAUUUGUUCCAAAACUUAGUUUCUCACUUUCCUUCAAUCAAUUCUCUAGAUUUAAUCGCUCCAGCCCUAGGUUUCGCCUCCGGAGUCUCUCUCUACCUCUCUCGCUUCAAUUCCAAUCCAAUUCCUCGACUCUCUGACAUCGGCGAGUGGAUUUUGUUCACCAGUCCCACGCCGUUUAACCGUUUCGUGAUUCUUCGUUGUCCUUCGAUAUCGUUCGAAUUGGAGGACGUGAAUGAGAAGCUAGUGAAGGAGGAUAGGCAUUUCGUGAGGUUGAACAGUGGGAGGAUUCGAGUUUGGGACAGUGAUGAGGAGGAGGAGGAGGCGGAAGAGAAGCUUGUGUAUCAGAGAGUGUGUGUGAGUAGUGAUGAUGGAGGAGUCAUUUCUUUGGAUUGGCCGGCGAAUUUGGACUUGGCGGAGGAGCGUGGAUUGGAUACCACGCUUUUGCUUGUUCCCGGAACUGCUGAUGGGAGUAUGGAUAAGAAUAUUCGGUGGUUUGUGUGCGAAUCGUUGAAGCGCGGUUGUUUUCCUGUUGUCAUGAAUCCUAGGGGGUGUGCUGGUUCACCACUCACCACUGCACGGUUAUUUACAGCUGCUGACAGCGAUGAUAUCUGCACAGCUAUACAAUUCAUCAAUAAGGCAAGGCCAUGGACAACAUUGAUGGGUGUUGGCUGGGGUUAUGGUGCAAACAUGCUAACCAAGUACCUGGCUGAAGUUGGAGAAAGAACACCUCUUACGGCUGCUACAUGCAUUGACAAUCCUUUUGACUUAGAGGAGGCCACUAGGUCCUCUCAUCACAUUGUUCUUGAUCAGAAGCUAACAGGUGGCCUCAUAGAUAUUCUACAAUCUAACAAGGGACUAUUUCAGGGUAGAGCAAAAGGAUUUGAUGUAGAAAAGGCUCUACUAGCAACAUCUGUCCGAGAUUUUGAAAAAGCGAUAUCUAUGGUAUCGUAUGGAUUUGAUGCCAUAGAAGAUUUUUAUGCAAAAUCCAGCACUAGAGGUGUGGUUGGAAAUGUGAAGAUUCCUGUUCUAUUUAUACAGAAUGAUGAUGGAACAGUGCCAUUGUUCUCUAUUCCACGCAGUUUGAUAGCGGAAAAUCCAUUUACAAGCCUGCUUUUAUGUUCUUGUUCACCAUCUAGGGUUAUUGCAAGUGAGAGAUCUGCUAUAUCUUGGUACCAGCAUCUCACCAUUGAGUGGCUUGCAGCUGUGGAACUUGGACUUUUAAAAGGCCGCCAUCCUCUUUUGAAAGAUGUCAAUGUUACCCUCAAUCCUUCAAAAGGUUUAGCAUGGGUGGAAGGCACAGCAUCUGAUAAAAGUGGUAGAGUAAACAAACUCCUAAAUCUUUCUCAGUCAAAUGUUUUAAAUGGGUAUUCUUCAUAUCCUUCAGAGGAGAGGCUUGGAGAAAGUGAUAUCUCAGCUAGCAUCAGUUCAAGAUUCAGACAUGAUUCACAGAGAAAUCCUGAAAUUGAAGAUAGAGGAUUGCAACAAAAGAGCAAUGGUACAUUAGAGCAGGCUAGCUCUGUUGAUGCAGUAUUAGUCAAAGAGGAAGGCAAUCCUACAGAUGAUGAAAGAGGCCAAGUGCUCCAAACUGCACAAGUGGCUAUGAAUAUGCUUGAUGUGACCAUGCCUGGUACUCUGACUGAAGAACAGAAGCAGAAGGUCCUGAUGGCUGUGGGCCAAGGAGAGACAGUUGUGAAAGCUUUGCAAGAUGCUGUGCCUGAGGAUGUUCGUGGCAAGCUUACAGCUGCUGUUUCUGAAAUUUUGCAUAAUCAGGGAACAAAUUUUAAGCUUGAUGGAUUUCUGAAUAUCAAUCGGAUACCUAAUGUGGCUUCCGGAUUAAAGUCAAAGAUCCAGGAAAAUGUUGAACUCUCAAGUGGUGGAGGGUAUGAAGAUCCUCAUUCUUCAGAUCUAAGCAAUAGGGUUGAUGACCUGACAGAUAGUUCUAAUGAUAAUCAAGUUUCUGUGGACAGGCCUGCUGGGGGCCUGGAAUCAGAGCUUCAGACUUCAGAGACACUGCAAAAAACCACUGACAGUGGUCACUUUCAAUCAAAUACCCAAGGAGGUGACAUCUCCAGUUCAGGAAACAAGGACACUGUUGAAUGGGAAAAAGAUCAGGAAAAUGUGGAUAUGUCUAGAGAAAGAGCUGCUCAAUAUCCUGACUCUAAUGAAAAUGGGUCAGAGACUGUUGCUAAGCCUAAUUUUCCCAGCCAGUCUGAAAGGCCUGGUGGCAGUGAGGAUGCAACUGUUGACCUACACAUCGUGAACCAGAAUGGUGGACUAGCUAAGUUUGAAAGGAAAGAGGAGAACAAUAUCCAGGAAAAUGUAGAAAAAGUAACAAAUUCUUCUACUGAUCAAAAUAACAUGUCAUCCAACAUGACAGAGGAAGGAUUGUCACAUCCAGUACCAUCUUCUGAGGCCCAACCAAUGGAAAGCGAAGGAGAUGCCCAACCAAUGGAAAGCAAAGGAGAUGCCCAACCAAUGGAAAGUGAAGGAAAUGAUGAUCAGAAAAGGGAGGAAAACAGUACACAUUCCGUUUUGAAUCAAAACAGCUCUGAUUCCCCAACCUUCAGUGUUUCUCAGGCAUUUAGUACCUUGACAGGGAUAGAUGAUUCCACACAAGUGGCUGUUAACAGCGUAUUUGGUGCAAUAGAAGAUAUGAUUACUCAGAUGGAGGAGGAAAAAGACAAUGAAACUAAAGUUGAUAAGGACAAUGAAACUAAAGUUGAUGAUAAGAAAGACAAUGAAACUAAAGUUGAUAAGAAAGAGGUUGAGGACAGGAGAAUUGGCUCUAUACCUGAGAACCAUCAAGUCAUUAAUGACUAUAACUCAACAAGGAAAGAAGAAAAUAAAAAUGACCAGAGCUCAGAGUCUGACAUGGUAGAUGACCUUCCUUCAUAUGAUAGAACAGUUUCACAUAAUGAUGCGAGAACCAGAUGGCCAGACAAGGAGAGACUUAUAGGAAGCCCUGAUCCAUUUAACGGGGAAAGUAAAGAGGAAAAUGGAACAAAGGAACUUUUGGUAAGCAGCAACCUUUUGGCCAAGAAUUCAAAUAUAAGGCAUUUAUAUAAUGUUCCACUGUUUAUAACUACAAACCCAUAUGGUGACUCUCUUUACAAGGAAUUCCUCCGUAAAUAUCUUCUUUCGAAGAUGCCAAAUACCAAAUCACUAGACUUAGAUACAACUACUGCUUUAUUUCUCGACUAUUUUCCAGAAGAAGAUCAGUGGAAGCUCUUGGAACUAUCUGGAAAUAAUGAAGAUUCUGCCAGUGAUGUUGCUACUCAUGAAGGUGCCAACAAAGAUAUUCAGGCUCAUUCACCUUCAAAAUCAGAUACAGACGAAUUUAUUGAACCACCAUAUGUUAUAAUGGAUGCUGAAAAACAAGAGGAGCCCGUUCAAGAUCAAGAAUAUGAGAAAGUGGGCAACUCGAAUCAAAAACUUGUAAUUGGUAAUGAAACAUCAGACUCAGAGGUGAUGAGCUUUGUUAAGAAUAUUGUACUGGAUUCAUUGAAGGUCGAAGUGGGUCGAAGGCUAAGUACAGAUAACACGAAAGAGAUAGAGCCCAAUCUUGCCAGAGAUAUGGAAGAAAUUUCAAAGGUGGUGUCUCUGGCUGCAGGACAUGGGAAGGAUCAUACAUGGUUUUUGGAUGGUAAAGACAAUCAUUUGGAAAAAAUAGGUACGCUUCAUGGAGAGCAUAUAAUAAAGGCUAUUUAUUUAGCUGUUCAGGAAACCAAUUAUUUGAGAAGAGUACUCCCAGUUGGUGUUGUUGUAGGCUCUUGCUUAGCUGCUUUGAGAAAAAAUUUCAAUGUAGAAACAGUAAAUGGUAAUAGCCAAAGUGAAGCCAUGGCCCUUGAUCAAAUUAAUCAUUCUGUGGAAAGAAAUGGUGCUCGACUAUUUGAGACAGAGGCUGAUCGACUGCUUCGUAAUAAAAUCAAUCUGAACUACAAUUUGUCCAGAAGCAGAGAUGGGAAAAAGGAUGAAUUAAAAAAACUAAACAAUGGUUCUGUCAUGAUUGGUGUUGUUACAGCUGCCCUGGGAGCAUCAGCUUUGUUGGUGCAUCAACAGGAUUCAGCCAAAGUUAAUGAAACUUCUAAAAGCUUGUCCAAGUCCUUGGAGGAGAAAGGAAAUCAUCAGAAGAAGCCUGACAAGCUCGAGGAGGAAAUAUCUGAGAAAAACCAGAAUGGCAUAGUCACAAGCCUUGCAGAGAAAGCCAUGUCUGUUGCUGGUCCUGUGGUACCUAUGAAAGAAGAUGGCGAAGUGGAUCAUGACAGGCUGGUGGCGAUGCUGACAGAAUUGGCACAAAAGGGUGGCAUGUUGAGGAUGGUUGGUAAAUUUGCUUUGCUUUGGGGGGGUAUGCGUGGUGCUAUGAGUUUGACUGAUAGGCUUAUCUCGUUUCUGCGUAUUGCUGAACGACCCUUGUUUCAAAGGAUACUUGGGUUUGUCUUCAUGGUGCUUGUUUUAUGGUCUCCAAUUGUUGUUCCACUUCUUCCUACACUUGUGCGAAGCUGGGUGAUGCAUGACUCCUCCAAAAUGGCAGAGCUUGUUUGCAUUGUUGGCCUCUAUGCCUCGAUUAUGAUACUUCUUAUGUUAUGGGGCAAAAGAAUUCGAGGGUAUGAAAAUCCAAUUGAGCAAUAUGGGCUGGAUUUUACUUCUUUAUCAAAGAUCCGAAAUUUUUUUAUGGGAUUGAUUGGAGGGGUUAUGCUUGUUUUAUCAAUACAUUCUUUGAAUGUACUGCUUGGUUGUGUCCGUCUGUCAUGGCCUUCCACUUUUAUUUCAUUUUCUUUAGAUGAUAUGACAUGGCUCAAAGGAUUUGGCAAGAUGCUUUUACUUCUUGUUCGAGGAAUCGUAACAGCAACAGGUGUAUCACUGGUAGAAGAACUGCUAUUCAGGUCAUGGUUGCCUGAUGAAAUUGCCACAGAUCUUGGAUAUUAUCGCGGAAUUAUUAUUUCAGGACUUGCCUUUUCUUUGUCUCAGAGGUCUCCGUGGGCAGUUCCGGGCCUGUGGCUUCUGUCAUUGGGUCUUGCAGGGGCUCGGCAAAGAAACCAUGGUAGCCUCUCCAUACCAAUUGGAUUGCGCUCAGGGAUAAUGGCUUCAAGUUUCAUCUUACAAAUGGGUGGUUUCUUGACAUAUCAGCCCAAUUUUCCCCAGUGGGCUACUGGUACUCACCCAUUCCAACCCUUUAGCGGGGUUGCUGGUCUUGCUUUUGCUUUGAUAUUUGCAAUAGUUCUUUAUCCAAGGCAGCCACUCCACCAGCAGAAAAAGACGAGGGAAAUUCAGGAAUGAGAUGAGUAAAAGAAUGUAGUAAAUUAAAGGUGGAUUAUGAAGAAACGUUUGCUGCAUAUUUGGUGGCUCCUCUGUGAUUACAUAGUGUAGAAGAGUUGGAUUUUUCAGAAAUGGAAAGAAAGGGACAUGAACACACAGACCAAAAGGACCUUGAAAUUUUAAUGAACCAUACAUCCAUGCUUUCUUUCAAGUGCCGGCUUUCUCAAUGCCCUGGGUAUUUAGCACAGUGAAUAAUUAGCUAAACCCCCCUAGUGUAACAAAAGGAAAUUUUUGCAACUAGGGGAUUGAAUGUAUAUAAAUUUUCCAGAUGAACAUUUCGAGUUUUUCCUACGUCAGUGUACAGAGUGAUUCUAUUUCUUUUUACUAGGCAGAGAAGUGGUUGGUUUAGUUCCCUGAAACAAAGUGGGGCUAGUAUCCGAGGGAAAACAAAUAAUAUAUUCACAAGAACCAUUCAGGUUUAUUGUAUAAUUUUUGCUCU